AAAGUUCAGUCACUUUCCCCUGUGUCCUCCUUCCGUGGCCUUCGUCCUCCUCCUCUCUGCGGCGUCACUUCCGACGCUGGCCCAACCGCCGUUCCCCGCCACCCGUGACCGGUGCUGCCGCCACGCUGUCACCUCCACUGAGCCGCCGCUCAUCCCUCUAAACCCCCAGCUCCUUUUCCGGCGAGCUGCUGCUCUGUCUUCCAUUAAUCGACUGAACAAAUCUUCUUUUUUUCAAUCGAACGAGGGACAGCAAAUGCGUUGCUCAGUACAGUACUCCGUUUACAAUCUUACCGGGAGUCAGUCUACUAGAGACGGUGCUGGCCAUGGUGGCGCCGCAGGCUGAGCUCCUCGCCCCCCAAUCGCCGUCGAAUUCCCGUCGGUAAGAAGCCAUUGAGCAACCCCGACGGGCUGGGCGUGCGUGGUCCCGGAGGCGUUCCCUGGUAGCGCGGCCUUUGGGGGCUCCGGAUCCAUGGCGGGCGGCGACAGCUUGGGCUGCUGCGGCGGCCUUCUUCAGGGUUUCUGCGGCCUCGCUCAGGUUUUCCUGGCUCCCCGGGGGCGUCCGUCUGCUGGAAUCCUCGCCAGGAGGCCCGGCGAUCUGUGCUCGAGUUCUUCUCAGGCUGGGAGAACGGGGUCGCCGCGGGAUGCGGAGAUCAUCUCCGACAUGGAGUACUCUCCCCAAGUGGCCAGGGAGCUGCUAUUCUCUUAUUAUCAGGAGGAGGACCUGCCCCGCGUGGCCAGGAACCCGCCGGCGGUGGCGGGCGAUCUGUGCACGAGUUCUUCUCAGCUUUGGAGAACGGGGUCGCCGCGGGAUGUGGGGGUCAGCUCCGGCAUGGAGGAGUCUCCCCCAGUGGACAGGGAGCUGCGUUUUGAUGACCAGGAGGAGGACCUGUCCCCCGUGGCCAGGAACUCGCCGGCGGCGGCGGGCGAUCUGUGCUCGAGUUCUUCUAUGGUUGGGAGCACGGGGUCGUCUCGGGAUGUGGCGGGCGAUCCGUGCUCGUGUUCUUCUAUGGUUGGGUGGACAUCGUGGGAUAUGGAGAUCAUGAUGGACAUGGAGUAUUCUCUCCCGGUGGCCAGGAAUUCGCCGGCGGUGGCGCCACCGCAGCAGAAGGGCAUGGCCGGUGGCGCUGAAGACGACGACGACGACGAUGAUGACUGCGUGAUUCUAGACAGUGAUCCUUUCGCCGCGGUCGCCGUGAAUGAUGAGAAGGAUGGCUGCUCGGAUGAGGAGUUGCAGAUAGUCGCGGAGAAAGGCAAGGUAGCAUGCCGUGACUUCCCUCACUCGCGCCAUUUAUGUUCCAAUAUGCCCUUCGGCGCUACCUCUCACGAGAAGCAUUGUGCCAUGUGCUACUGUUUUGUGUGCGACGCCCCAGCUCCAUGCAGUUAUUGGGGUAACGGUCUCUCGGUUGGCGAUCAUUGUCAUGCUAUGGAUAAGGAAACCAAAUGGAAAAUGCUGAGGGAGGCAUUCAGGUGCAAAAAUCUUCCAGCGCCUCAUCCAGAAACAGAAACUGCUGUGCACCCAGCAAUGGUGUCACUCGACCGCCUUUUUCUUAGCAAUCAGAUUUCUCUUCAGGAUGUUGUGACCCAAAACCAACACACACAUACUUCAGUUAGAGCCUCACUGAGUGUAGCACCGACUGUCAAUGCGCCAAGAGAGGGAAGUGGUACAAGCAGUGCUCACACUGCUCAAGUUACUCGCCUAGGAGAGCCAACUGUCAGUGCACCAAGGGCACACCCUGUGGCAGGAGCUGGAAGAGGUACAAGCAACGCUCACACUGCUCAAGUUUCUGCGCCAAGAGCAUCCUCUGCAACAGGAGUUGGAAGAAGUGGUACCAGCAAUGCCCACAGUGCUCAAGUUACUCGCCUAGUACAGCCGACUGUCAGUGCACCAAGGCCACAGCCUGCAGCAGGAGCUGGAAGAGGUACAAGCAGCACUCACACUGCUCAAAUUACUCACCCAGUAGAGCCAACUGUCAGUGCAGCAAGAGCAUACUCUGCAGCAAGAACUGGAAGAGGUACUAGCAGUGCUCAGUCUGCUCAAAUUACUCACCCAGUAGAGCCAACUGUCAGUGCAGCAAGAGCAUACUCUGCAGCAAGAACUGGAAGAGGUACUAGCAGUGCUCAGUCUGCUCAAAUUACUCGCCCCGUGGAGCAAACUGUCAGUGCACCAAGAGUAUACCCUGCGGCAGGAGCUUCAAGCAAUGCUCGCUCUGCUCAAAUUACUUACCCCACCACUCCAGGUGGCUACCUGCCGGAGCCCAAUGUGCCGGAGGGGGCCACGGUGUACGUCGGGAACCUACCCUACCACAUUGACAAUGAGAGACUCAAGCUAAGCUUCCAACGUGCUGGGGCCGUCCUGUUCUCAAAGGUCAUUUACGACAGAGAAACAGGCCAGAGCCGUGGAUUUGGGUUUGUCACCAUGAAUACUGUUCAGGAGGCUGAGAAGGCUGUGACGAUCUAUCAUGGCUCUGGGAUGUAUGGCAGGCCUCUGACUGUAAAAAUCGCAGCUCCUAGAGGGGACGCCCGGGUGGACGCCCCUCGCCGUCAACCUGGUUCCCCACUCAGAAUAUUCGUAUGCAAUCUACCGAGUCAGGUGGACAACCCUCGGCUGGAGGAGCUGUUCAGCAAGCAUGGCAAAGUGGUUGAUGCAAGAGUUGUCUACGAGCGCCGAGAAGGGGCCUCGUGUUCGAGGGGAUUUGGUUUUGUCACAAUGGCGACCGGCGAGGAGUCGUACAAGGCGAUACGUGCCCUCAACAAGCAGAUUCUGGAGGGAAAUGCCCUUGGAGUGAAGGUUGCAAGGGAGCGGCCGAACCAAGGCUGCCUCUCUCUUGGCAACCAGAUUCCUCCUGAGAAUACUGCCAGUCAAAACCAACAUGCACAUACUUUGGUUGGAGCCUCACUGAAUGUAGUGCCAACUAUCAGUGCGCCAAGAGCAUACCGUGCAACAGGAGCUAGAAGUAGUACAAGCAAUGUUUCCACUGCUCAAGUUACUCGCCGACUAGAUCCAACUGUCAGUUCACCAAGAUCGGGUGAAUAUAGGAUGCUCGGUCCCUCUAGUUGAUUGACCUUUGGUCUUUUACCCAAUGCCUAUACAUAAUCUCUAUAUACGCACACAGGAUUCUAAUGGUCAUGGACCAGGACAUGCCACUUUCCUCCCCUUGAAACUCCGUUGACCCUCAAGCACCAUACUCCCUUGCCAGUGUCUGGUUCAGCUACAUCGUCAGAAGCCAGUAUAUUUGUCCUCAGUUUCCUGUUGUUCUCACGGAAACGUGAAUGGUCAAAACAAAUCAGUCUUCUCUGUAUUGCUCAGCUGAACAUAUACAAGGAUAUACAUGGGCCUUGAUCCUGCCUGGAUUAUUGAGUUUGAGAACAUGAAGCCUAUGCUGUUCUCGGGUUUGAGCCUUGGUAAAGAAGGAUGCAACUUGUGAUGGAACAUAUUGGAGAAAAUUGUUGAUUGCUGGCAGUAAGAACGUUUUAAAGAAGCAGCCACACAAAUGUGCUUGGUUAGCUCAUGCCUCACAUUUUCACAGGAUCAAUGGCAAUCUAAAUAGCAGCAGUACUAUCAAUGGCGCGCCCUGCAAGGAAAUGCCCAAGUACACACUCCCAUCUGUCAAGCUUGCUGGUAAGCAAUUUCACAAUUCUAUUGAUGUUCACAUAGAGAAUUUAGGAGUGCCUGUCAAGAAGCUUGGUAUCUGAAUCUCAAAUCUGCGCUGACACAACAGUAGUCCUGUGCCCAACCAGUUCCAUACUAAUGCACAUUCAUGUUGAACCUUGAACUAUCUGUAUCUCUUCGUGCAAAUAGGGCUGAAUGUAGUCUAGGAAAGGAACAUGUGGUGCACCAUUUUCUAGUUUUACCAUAAUGAAUGGUGCAAUGUCAGAGAUCCCCUCUAGUGGGAUCCUCGUACACUCGAGGCACAUAAGCCAAAAUUUGAAAGCUUUGAUUUGUGGUGAAUUAAGGUUCUUAACUAAUCUUGAUUCGAUAAGCAUACUUGUGUGCUCCUUGUGAGCUAUUCUGAGAACAGUAUGUGGUUAUUACUACAGAAGCUCAAACUGAACCUGCAGAAGGUCAUGAAACUUAAAUACUCUUACCUCGGCCUCGAACUUGCUUGGAUGCAGAACAACUUAGGUGUAUAUGUUGAAGUGAAUCAAGUGUUUGAUCUUUUUUAGCGAAUCAAGUGAUAGUUAAUUAACCUAUCUAGUGUCACAAUUUCAUCUUAAGAAAAGUUCAUUACUUCACGACCUGUUUAAGGCUUAUCUAAAGAACAGCCUACGAACAUAGCCGGUUUAAAACCUGCAUGACAUAGAUGCAAUAAAGUACCAAAACUAAUAUAAAUUUGAAACUAUCGUAUGAAUUAAGACUAAGGAUCAUAAGAAGGCAUUACGGCAAAGUUUCAGUGUAAUGCUGCAACAGUGACUAUAUAUUAUUGAAUGGAUGAAGCAUUUGUCCUUGCAUACAAAUUGAAACAUCACCUCCUGCAGUAGGUCAAUAAGAUAAUACUGUAGUUUCCUAGCUGGUGAUCGCAUCUUGGGUAUCCGAUGCUUUUGUAUUGCAUGAUAUUUUCAGAAAUACUCACUCCGUUCCUAAAUAUAAGUCUUUGGAGAGAUUUCACUAUGGACCACAUACGGAGCAAAAUGAGUGAAUCUAUACUCUAAAAUGCAUCUAGAUUCAUCUGUAUGUGGUCCAUAGUGAAAUCUCUACAAAGACUUAUAUUUAGAAAAGGAGGGAGUAGAUCCUCGAGUCUUGUUCUAACUAGAUAAUGUUAGGUUGACCUCUCUCCCGUUCGAACCCAACGGGUCGAACGGGCCCCUGACUCGCGCUCUGAUCGGGGGCGCCCAACCAAACCAUGGUUGGUGGGCCCUUGUGACCCGCGCUAUAUAAACAGAGGUGGGGUCGGGGCACGACUCACGAGGUUAAUCGCUGCCACAAUCCCCACCUACAAUCCCUAUCGAUCUAGGGUUAGCGCGGUGCUCACGGGAAGCUCCACCACCUCGCCCACUCUCUGCCAUCACCGGCCACCGUCACCAUGGCCGGCACCGGGAGUUCCUCGACUGGACAAGCAGAAG